AUGAACCAGGUUUCACUUGUUAACAUGGCGAGUAAACGAAAAUCAUUGUGUAUUGACGAAAAAGUUUUAUUAAUACGCUCAAUAAAGGCGGGAGAAAAGAUAACUCAUGUUGAUGACGUUGGAAGACGCUUUGGAUUUAGCCGUUCUACCGUGUCUACAAUAUGGAAAAACAAAGAAAAAAUUCUACAAGCAGAAGAGGAAGGAAAAUCUGCUAAGAAAUUAAAAAAACCUCAAUACGAAGAUCUGGAUCAAGCGAUGGUAUCAUGGUUUUAUACACAACGCCAGAAUAACAUGUUUGUCUCGGGGCCGAUCAUGAAAGCUAAGGCGAAAAAAAUUGCCGAAGAACUAGGAUUAACUGCUUUCAAAGCAUCAGAAGGAUGGCUCGGAAAGUUCAAGCAACGUCACCAUAUCAACUAUGAUAAAAUUAAUGGAGAAGCACUGGCAGAUGAAGACAUUUUAGAAUCGGUGAAAAAUACGGAGGAACAACAAGUGGAUGAAGUAGAAGAAACAGGCGAUCCUGAGCCUCCACCAAGCAUCGAACAAGCACUUGAUGCAGCGAAAUUAUUAGAAGAAUACUUUUUAUAUAAUCAAGAUGAUCCAUCAGAAUCUCAAGAUAUUAGUAAGAUACAUAAGAAAAUACAAUUAAAAUAUUGGAGCCGCAAAAAACAUCAGAAAAUGUAACAGACUAUACGCAAUAGACGUUGUUAUUUGUAUUAAAGGAAUGUGUUUUUAUGCAAAAUGUGUAUAAGUACAUAUAUUAUAAACAGAUACAUUAGAAUAGUAAAAUGAUGUUUUUAUUUCACUCCAUUUAACAACGACCAUUUUAAACGCCGAAAAAUGCGCAGUCCCUUAAGUGUCGUAAUAUGUAUGUAUAUGUACAGUUUAUACACUGUAUUAGUAAAGGGUAUUAAUAAGGAGAAAGCUUUUUCUCUUCAGUUCAUGAUAGUUUAUUUCAAGGCAUUUUAAAACGUUACUGAUUUUAUGCUAAUGCCAUACAUC